CACACAUCUGAACAGCUUACCCUCAAAUAAAAAGCACAGCGAUGACACUCUCGCAGCCAACAGUCUUACUCACAGGCGCCGACACUUUCGUCGGCAGCGCCAUCCUCGCCCAGCUGCUGGCGAAGGAGCACGUUGUGCGCGCGGCGAUCCCAUCACUGCAGGCCGCGAACGAGCUGCGCAAGCGGUUUCCGGCGACGCCGGCGCUGAGUCUGGCGAUUGUUUCGAAUGCGGGGAGGAAUGGUGCUUUUGAUGCGGCGGUGAAGGGGGUGGGGAUUAGUUGUGUGGUUUGUGUGGGGAGGGGUGUGGUGGAGGUUGGUGGUGAGAGCAGCGCGGGGGAGGAAGAGGGUGGUGAGGAUGAAGAGGUUCGGGGGUUGCUUGAGUCUGUGAAGAGAAGUUGUGUGAAUGGGGGGUCUGUGAAGCGAGUAUUUCUGGUGUCUCUGUCUGCUUCUGAGAACCAGGACCGACAGACAAACGCAGAGAAGGUAAACAAAUCAUCCUUCUCACUGCAUAUUCACAAGCUCAGCCAACUAACCUCCCCACCCCAGACCGCACCCAACACCCCCUUCAUCAUCACCUCCCUCAUCCACGGCAUCCCACUAGGUCCCUCCCUUUCACCCCCAUCUCCCGCCUCACUCGCCACUUCCUCCGAUCUACUCCGCACGCUCCUCGAAAUCCCUGCCCCAACGCUCGCAAGUAUACAAACCAAGAUCGGCAGCGCCAGUCCACUGCUCUCGUGGAUCGACGUGCGCGAGCUCGCGGACGCGGUGGUGCGCGAGGUUGAAGGUGAGGAUGAGAAAGGGAGGGACUGCGUUCGUUUGUCUGCUGGCACGUUCACGUUCGCUGAACUUAUCAGUAUAGUCCAGGCAUACAGACAUAAUCCCAAGUCGUCCGAUCCCACUCCAUCCACCACCUCAGAAACCUCAUCAAACAGACAACUCAAGACCACAGUCUUUGAAGCACUCGCGCAGCUAGAAGCCACCUCAGCUGAGAAUACUGCAGCUCAGUCGUCGUCGUCGUCGUCGUCGUCGUCGUCCUCGGCGGCGCCGCACAGCAGAAGCGGCUGUCCGAUAUUCCAUCCCACCGACGACUUUGCAACUCCUCGCGGGAUCGCAGCGUGUCCGGUGUUUAAUCCGUCUGCGUAUCUAGAGCAGCAGCAGCAGCGAUGUCCUGUUGCUCAUGUCGGGGGUCAAGGUGAUAGGAGCGACGGGGGGAGGUGUCCUGUGCCGCAUUUAGAUUUAGUGCUGUAAACCUGAACAGCGACGAAUUACUCUGAAUUCUCUUCUGCUCCAUCUAUUUGUUUGUUACAAGUAAUAAUAAAUAAGAAGU